GCCUUAGGACUACUAAUCUGAGCAAGUCUAUCUUCUUCCCUGGGAUGCCAGGUAACGUUACCAAAUAGUCGCCAUUUUUCCUCUCUCUCCUUCUCUGUAUCUUCUUCUUCAGAUCAGCCAUGCCGGGCCCUGUAGUCGAAGAAGACGAAGCGCAGAAGAAGCUUCACAGUGAUGAGCCGGUGAUUGAGGACGUUAAAGAAGAAGAGGAACACGAUGAUGAAGCCGAGGACUCUGAGGACGAUGACGACGAUGACAAGGAAGACGGUGCUCAAGGGGCAAAUGGGAGUUCAAAACAGAGCAGAAGCGAGAAGAAAAGUCGCAAGGCAAUGCUAAAGCUGGGCAUGAAACCAGUUACAGGUGUCAGCAGGGUCACCAUUAAAAGAACUAAAAAUAUUUUAUUCUUCAUCUCAAAACCGGAUGUCUUCAAAAGUCCAAAUUCUGAGACCUAUGUCAUUUUCGGGGAAGCAAAGAUCGAGGAUUUGAGCUCUCAACUGCAACAACAGGCAGCUCAACAGUUCAGGAUGCCAGACAUGGGGUCUGUAAUGGCAAAGUCUGAUACUUUUGCUGCUGCUACUGCUGCUGCCGAAGCACAGGCAGACGAGGAAGAGGAAGACAUCGAUGAAACUGGUGUGGAGGCUCGUGACAUUGAUUUGGUGAUGACUCAGGCAGGAGUAUCAAAGGGCAAAGCUGUGAAGGCUCUCAAGACAAACAAUGGAGACAUAGUCAGUGCUAUUAUGGAGCUCACCAACUAAGUAUAAGCUGUGUGAUCUACCAUGAUGAUGAUGCCAUGGAGGGGUUGGCGUUCAGAAUCAAGGCCAUUAGAAGAGGGGGGUUCUUGGGGUCACAAUUAGUUUCAUUUCUUUGAGUUUCUUUUUGUGUUUUGCACCUACCUGCUAGGUACAUUAUGCAUUUUCCAUUUUUAAUAUACUUUUGUUGGAUCAAAACCUUUUACUUAUGAAGAAUGCUAUAUUUGUUUCCAUCGCAAAA